CUCCAGCCUCAUCGAAAGAAGAAGUCGUUCAUUGAGAAGAAGAAGGCCGUGACCUUUCACCUCGUCCACAGGAGUCAGAAGGAUCCGCUGGCCGCAGAUGAGACGGCGCCGCAGCACGUCCUCCUGCCCGCCAUCAAGGUGGAGGCGGAGAAGAGACGCAAGGAGCAGAGGGAUUUUGGUGUUUUCUACGAUGACGACUACAAUUACCUGCAGCACCUGAAGGAGGCUUCGGGCCCGUCUGAGCUGGUGGCGGCGGCGGCGGCCAACCCCCCCAACACCAACAGACGUCCUCUUCACCUACGUGAUGAAGAUGAGCAGAACGAGGAGGAGGAGGGUGACACGGACCAGGCACCUCCUGCCGCCACCAUCAACCUGCCCUCGUCUGUGUUCGCCUCAGAGUUUGAGGAGGAGGUUGGACUCCUUAACAAAGCUGCUCCUAUCUCAGGACCUCGUCUGGACAUGGACCCCGACAUCGUGGCUGCUCUCGACGAAGACUUCGACUACGACGACCCUGACAACAUCCUGGACGAUGACUUUAUGAUCCGAGCAAACGCAGCGAGCAGAGCUGUGGACACGAAAGGUGACAUGGAUGAAGAUGAUGAUGAUGAGUGGGAGGACACGGACGAGGAUAGCGACUUGGACUCUGAGGGAGGAUUUUCGGGCGAUGAGGACGGCCGCGGGCGAGAGUUUCUGUUCAUGGACGAGGAGACAAAGAGUCGAUUCACAGAGUACUCCAUGACGUCGUCUGUGAUGAGGAGGAACGAGCAGCUAUCUCUGCUCGACGACCGCUUUGAGAAGUUUUACGAACAGUUCGAUGACGACGAGAUCGGAGCUUUGGACAACGCCGAGCUGGAGGGCUUCAUCAACCCGGACAGUGCUCGUCUGGAGGAGGUCAUAAAAGACUAUUUCAAACAGAAACAGAACGAUUUCCUGAGGCCUGAUGACUUGGGUCCAAAGGAGCUUCCUGUCGUGAGAGAGGAGGACGAAGAUGAGGAGGAGGAAGAGGAGAUGGAAACUGUUGUUGUCCAGGCUCCAGAAGAGAAGUGGGACUGUGAAACCAUCAUCAGUACGUACUCCAACAUUUACAACAGACCCAAAGUCAUUGCAGAUCCACCAAAGCCGAAGACGAUCCGUGUGUCCAGCAAGACGGGCAUCCCGUUGGACGUCCUCCCCGCCAGAGGCCUGACAGCCAAGCAGGCGGAGCGCAUGACGAUGAUCAACGACUCGGACCUUCCCCGCGUCUCCACCCAGCCCCGGAGUAAAGAGGAGAGCAAAGAGGAGAGAAAGUCAAGGAAAAUGGCCGUCAAAGACGAACGCAAGGAGAGGAGGGCCGAGAAGAAAGCCAACAAGGUGGCGUUCAAGGAAGAGAAGGUCCGACAGCAGAAGCAGAUGCUGAACCUGAGGACAAACAUUCAAGGCCUGAAGCUUUAGUAACGGACGGGCGGAGCUCCGCCCACACAGACUCUUAACCCGUCAAUGAUGUCAUCAGUCGACAGGAUGGCAAACCCCUCCCCCCACAAACACGAGAGGACGGGGGGGGGCGGGGACUCUGGGUUUAUCAACGUGGAGCCGAGAAGUUUUCUCAAAUCAGCACGAGAUAAAAACCGAUGAAGUGAAUCUUGUGACUGUUUGAAAUUCAGGAUUAAUAAAACGCUGCCUGUCGAGCUCGAGGCUUUCGUCUUAUGCUUAUGUUUGUGUCUCGUCGAUGAUCCGUGAUAAUGAUUCAAGUUUGUCAGGUUUUUUUCUUGGCUGCUGCUCAAGUCAAACCCCGUCUCUCAGUCGCUCUGCCGACAGUCUCCUCUUCCCUGAACUGGAUCUGUUCCGUCCUCCCACGAAGUGUCGGAGACAUUUGUUCAGUUGUUUUUGUAGAAUCCUGCUGAGUGUGUGUUAAACGGUCUCAUUUACCUCGAGUCAUCAUCGCUGAACAAACACUUUAAAUACGUUUGGAGAAUAUUUCUGUGUUGUUCGUGUUUAUGGAAAAAUUAAAAACACUUUAGUACGA